AUGCUCAAACGGUUCGGUAUCAACGGUGCCAAAGUCAGAGAGGUUGUCUCACUCGACGGAGAUAUGUUGUCUCUCUUACCACAACCCAUUUACGGCCUCAUCUUCCUUUACAAGUGGACCCCAGAAGACGCUGAUCAACAGGAGCAGAGCUGUCCGGAAGACAUCUGGUUUGCCAAUCAGAUGGAUAUGCUCAAUGCAGAUCUUUUAUUGAAGAAUCAAGCCACCAAAAAGGGGCAAAGUUCGGCUGAUGAUAAUGGCGAAUCAGGCUUCCAUUUCAUAGCCUUCAUGCCAGUUGACGACAAGUUGUGGAAGCUCGACGGGCUCGAAAGACAGCCAAUGUGUCUCGCUUACUCCCGGGCAGGACCUCUCACAGGUGAAUGGGUGAAUCAGGUUCGACCCGACAUUGAAGCUCGAAUGUUCCGAUAUACAGAGGAUCAUAUUGACUUCGCCGUGCUUAGCCUCGUCAAAGAUCCUCUUCUAGCCUUGACGAGUUCCUUGGCAUCAAAUGUCAAGACAAUUAACCUACUAACAACACGUCUGGACGAAACUGGCCAGGACUGGCGCCAAUUCAGUCUAGAGGAAGUGACCAGUAGCCGCAAAGGGGAGCUAGAGAAUUUCCUGCAAGCAGCUGACGAAAUGUAUGGCUUAGCGCAGGCAGACAUAGAUGCAGCUCCCCUCGAGCACGCAUAUGUUGUAAGAAUGGCCAAUUGUACGAAUGCGGGUGACUAUCUCGCUUUGCGUCAACACGUUAUUGCAGACCAAGCACGUCUAAGGAUGGAUAUUGUGGAGGAAUUGGAGCUGGCUCGAUCCGAAGACGCAAGCGCAUCGUCUAGAUGUGGAGAUCUAGGAUCGAAAAUGCAAGGAUUUGUAAGGAUGAUGAAGGCGAAAGAAUGCACGGGGUGA